AUGGUGCAGAUUGAGAGUGUUUUCAAGAGCAGAGCAAUGGCAGGUGGAGGGCUACUGCACCUGUGGAAUGAAUUUACGGUGGAAAUCAUGGUGCUUGUGAGCUUCGCGCUGCAACUGUUCCUCCUCGCCUGUGGAGGAACCCGCCGGCGUAGCUCCUCUGCCGUGCUGAGGAUUGCCCUCUGGCUAGCGUACCUGUCGGCCGACUCGACAGCACUCUACGCACUGGGCCACUUAUCUGUCGCCAGCAGGUCCCGUGGGCAUCUGCUGGUGGCGUUCUGGGCACCGUUCCUGCUGCUGCACCUCGGCGGCCCGGACAACAUCACCGCCUACGCGCUGGAAGACAACAGGCUGUGGCUGCGCCACCUGCAGACUCUCAUCGUGCAGGCGAUGGGAGCGGCUUAUGUCCUCUACAAGUACAUCUUUGCUAGUGGCGGCAUCCACGACGGCAAGCUCCUGAUGGCUGCUUCCAUCUGCAUGUUUGCUGCCGGCCUUGUCAAGUACGGCGAGAGGGUAUGGGCGCUCAAGAGGGGCAACCUCAGCAGCAUCGCCAGCAGCUUCGACAAGUUGGAUGACACGGUUUGGCAACCAUCAAGACAGCUUACGGAGGGUGAUGAGGAGAUUGAUGAUGAGGAAAUCCUGCUUAGAGCUCACUCCCAUUUUGAAAUAUGCAAGGGUGCCUUCACCGAUGUCACAAUGAAACCGUGGGGAUUCAUCAAUACCAGGGGCGGAUUCAGCGGUGGGUCUGGGGAGGUUCGAGCCACUCCUACCGUUGGAAAUUCCCUAAGCCUCCCCCACAAAUUUGAGGAGGAAGAAGGAGGGAAUGGGAGGCGAGAGGAGAAAGAAGAAGAAAAGAGUUCAACCCUGCUUCCGCCGUACCUGUCCAAACCUAAGAUGUUGACUGUCCUAGACAGUAUGGCGGAGAUGGAGCUGUCUCUCAUGUACGACAUCCUUUACACCAAGGCAGCAGUGAUACACACAUGGUAUGGCUUCUGCAUCCAUUUGAUUCCACUACUCAGCACAGCUGCCGCGUUCAUGUUGUUUCAGCUCAGCAUCGGCAGCACCGGAGAUGGGUAUUACAGCAAGGUAGAUGUGGUUAUUAGCUACGUUUUGCUGGCUGGAGCUUUGGUCCUGGAGGCUAUGUCACUGUGCAAGGCUGCCCUAUCCUCCUGGACAUGCUCCUUCUUCUUGGACAGGAGUGGAUGGAAGUGGCUUCUCGAUGGCAUCACUUUCCUUCGCCGGCUUGUCGGGUCAGCAUCCAGGAGACUCUGGUCAGGAUCCAUUCGGCAGUAUAACCUGUUAGACAUGGCAGUCAGUGACAAGAAUGUGACAGUAAGCUGGCUGGCAAAGAAGGUGGGCCUCAAGGACUGGUGGGACAAGCGGUGCUUCUCGGACACUUUCUCGGGCAACAAGUAUUGCUCCAUGGAAGACCUCAAGGUGCUGGUGUUGAAAGACCCUGGAAUAUUGUUGCUAUUAUUGAUCGGAGCGGACUCGUCAAGAGGCGGCUCUGCACUGCGAGCACACAGUUGCGAAGAAUGUGUGUGGACCGUCGUCGACAUGGACUUGGACGCGAGCAUCCUGAUGUGGCACAUUGUAACUGAUUUGGCCAUCCGGCGCCCCAUGGGAGAUGCAAACGUUAGCAGAAGGCUUGUCAAGGCUACCAAGGUGUUAUCGGAUUACAUGAUGUUCCUUCUGGUGUUUAAGCCUGAGAUGCUACCUAGCCAUACGCGCCGCAAAGUACAUCUCCAAGUGCGCAAAGAAUUGGAGCGCUGUUGGAUUGACUGCUCAGAGGCGUUGGGUCUGCCUGAGGAAGCGGUGUCACGGCCACGGGCGGAUAUGCUUGCCGAUUGGUUACUGAGCCUCAGGAACGAGGAUAGUCAACAUCAUCCAUCCCACCACAUUGAGGUAAACUCGACGAUUGUUUGUACAUAG